UUAAGAAAUAAAGGAUCAGAACUGUUCGCUGUGAAGUGGAAUAGAUGCUACUUCUGCUUUUGUAAAACGAAAAUUAAUUUUAUGGCUCCCUUGCUGGUAGUGCAAUACAUUUCCUUAACCCCUGUGUAGUGGAAUAUCAGAACAUUAAUAGACAACUUAAUGAUGUUGAGAAUUUACAUCUUCAUUUUUAAACCAGAGUGUCUUGACUUUUGUCAUGGGCCAAUUGGGAUUGCAAGAUUUCACAAGUACCGUUCACUUACUAUGGAAAUCGGAACAAUCUGCAAUGCUGAUAAAGAACAUACAUGUCAAUAGAAAGAUGAGCUUGAGCACCUGAGAUUAUCUUGUAGAAAUUAUUGAAUGUCUGUAGUGAGAGGAGAGAGACUUUGUAGCGGUUCAUACCUUUAUUAAGUACACGCUAUUUAGAGAGUAACUUUGAAGAUUAUGCUGAAAUAUAAUUCUCUAGUGGUUUCCUAUGCAUGGAGUUAAUGUUUAUUCCUGUGAUAAAUGAAAUUUUCGCUUGUUAAAGACUCUUCAAGGAAUCUCCUCACUUUUUUGUGUUGAGUCAUUUUCUCCUGAGAAAAUUUUAAUUCUCUGUGUAGCCUGUCUGUCUUGAGACUUGAAUGCAACGCCUGUAGAGUGAGGCUGUGAUUUAAUGUGAAUUAACGCUGCAGGAUGCUUUGCAUCUCAUAUUUUUAAAAAAAGACUUAUUGAAUGACUGUUUGCGAAGUAGUGUUUAUUUUCAUCUUUUUUCUACAGUCUUAGAAGCUGUAUUGAUGUCACUGAUCAUCCUGCAACUGGUUAAAUCUUGGUUGCUUGAAAGAACCCAUGUAGCCACCGUGGCAUUUGUUUGUCAAGCCCAAUCUUAGUAUUGGUCUCCCACUCAAAAUAAAGCACACUUUAUGAUCCCCAUCGAGACAAUAACUUCUGUUUUUAAAAAAGCUGGAGUUUCCAUUGAAUGACUGAAAGUGUCACACAGGAGUUUGUAUGAUUUGAGAGCAAAAGUAUGCUAUUCAGCCUGGUUUGCUAUUCAAUAACUUAAUGGCUGAACUGAUUGCAACUUCAAAUCUACAUUCCUGCCUAUCACUGACCAUUCAUCUCCUUGUCUAACAAGAAUCAAUUGAAAAUAUUCAAGGACUCUUGUUACCACUGCAUUUUCAGAAGUGCGAAAAACUUCAAACUCCUGAGAGAAAAUGUUUUGUCCCAUCUCUGUUUUAAAUAUACAAUUCCUGAUCUUUUGAAGAGUGAUCCUAAAUUCCAGAUUCUCCCAAAAGAGGAAACAUCAUCUCAGCUUCUACCCUGACAAGACCCCUUAGCAUUUUGUGUUUCAGACGAUUCUAAAUCCCAGCAAGUAGAACUUAGCCUGUCAACCUUUUCUCAUCUUGUGUCGUCAGCAAAUUUGGCGACUGUACCCUCCAUCCUUUUAUCCAAGUUAAUUAAUAAAUUGUAAACAAUUGAGGUCUCCAAUCGCUGUGGCACACACUCCUUACAGACAGUCCCCAAGUUGUGAAUGGGUUCCAUUUUGGAGUCCAUUUGCAAGUUGAUUUGUUCGCAAGUCAGAAGACAAUAUAAAGGAGUCGUUUGUAAGUACAAGAAAUGUUUGCAUGUCAAGUAUUUAAAUUUAUAUUGUUGUAUGAGAUGAUAUUUGUAAUUGUGAACAUUCAAAUGUAAGGUCUUUUUAAAUCAGUUACCUUUUGUAUAUCUUACUGACCUCAAAAAGAUGUCCUGUUAUUCAGGUAAUCUUUCAUUUGUGUAAAUGUACUGUCUCCUACAGAAUGAACUUUUAUUUUGAACAUAAUCUUUGAUGUGCUACUAUAUCAAAAGCCUUCUGGAAUCAAAGUGCAAUACAGCCACUAGUUCAGCUUUAUCCACAGCUUGCUUACCUCCUCAAACAACUCCAAUGGACUGAUCAAAUGUCAUAUUCGUUCACAAAUUAUUGUUGACUCUGCCUCAACUUAUCCAAGUGACCUUCUUUCAUAACAGCUUCUAACAAAUCUCCUAUUGUAAAUGUUAAGCUACUAGCUUGCUGUUUAAUGUUUCAUCUUCUCUUCUGGAUAAAGUUGUUACUUUAGCUUUUACUAAAUUUUAAAAUUUAUUGUGGGAAUCUUAAAAGCAACAUUAUUUUUGUAGGCUGCUUAUGUUCUAAUCAACUGAAAAUAAAUUCUUCCUUUAAUUUUUAAUAAGGCUUAAUUUCUCUUGCUAUGGUUAUCUGCUGUUGUCAUGUAGUAGAUAUGUCAUUUGCCUGGAGCCAGUCCAAAGUUUGUUCUCAGCUCCUGAUGGCUUGUUUCCGUUCCAAGCCAAGUAACUGCUCAUCCUAGAACUGGCUUUCUCUUUGGGCCUUUUAUAAAUGGAGAUUCCUCCACUGUAGCUCAAGUUAGGUGACUUUUUCAGCCUCCUUUUAAAUUGUCAGGAGCUCAGUCUCUCCUUUCUGAAUGUGGGCUCCAAUUUGCAUGGUGAACAAUAAAGUCAGUAUUUUCUGUAUUUCAGGUUCAGGACUAGCUGGUAUUGCUGCCUCCUGUUUGUCUGUCAGAUGUUUAAAUGCUGACUUGUGUCUGACAGUUUCAGGGCUAUUUUAGAAAACUGCAACUCGAUCCUUCCAUCACUUUCUACUAAUAUUUCCUUUCUGGAAGUUCCAUCUCUAUGGCACAAGUAUGAUGGACCUUGUGUCUACGUAGAAAUGUGGAUUAGCUGUUUUCUAAACUGUUGGAGAAAAAGCAAAUAAUGUCAAACAUUAUUUCACUUUUGCACUUCUUAUGACAUUUGCAAGACUACAAAUUCAGGGGAAAAUCAACAUUUUUAUACUGCAUGAAAAGAGAGUAUUGCUGCCAAGGAGAAUGCAUCCAUUAAUAUUAAUUAGAUUUUUAUAAAGCAGGUAGGCUUUGGUCAGGGCAUUGUCUUGAGAAAUUAACCAGCCCAUGGCUGUCACAUAUUUUUUUUCAAGUGGAAAAAGAAAAGUGCUUGUAUAUGUUAUUUCUGUCCUUUAAGAACAGCAUCCCGUGCAUGCAAAUAUGCUUUGCUGCGAGCCUGAAUGAUAAUGCUAAAUUGAUUGUCACCAUAAUUCCUUGCACAUUCCCAGUUAUCCAAUAAACUUUACUCAAUUGCCGAAUCACAUCUAAUGUUAGACAUCAUUGUGAAUGUUGCUAGUAUGGUCUGGUUGGGUGCAUAAGUAGACGCUCAUUAUGAACAGCUAAAGGGUAUAUUAUUUGAUGUGAUCUGCUAGUCUUUGGAACGUAUGGCCUACAUACCAUCACAUUGGCACUGAAACCAUAUUACCAUAGUUUUGUGAAGGGCAAAAUGUCUCUUUGACCUGACAGCAGCGCCCAGAUAGUGACAACCAUCACUUGUGUUGCUGCUGCUGAGUAUUAGAGUAAAACAACUAGCUUCAUCUGUUAAUCAAACAUUUGAAAUACCCUGCUCUUCCAGGGUAACCUGAUAGAUGUUUCAGGAUGAGAAGUGACUGCCUUAAGGCCUUUUCAUGAGUUUGUGCAAUAUAUAAUAAGAAGUGAUGUGACCAGGGUGGCUGUUAUACCACAGGAUGAUUUUGAUGUGCCUUGUUUCCGAAUCAAGUUUGCACAGUGAAAAAAUGGCUUGUGGCCCUAUUUAUGAGGUUACUCAAAAGAUCACUUUUAUAGUGCAUGAAAUUGUAGGAAUCUGAACUUGUGUACUGAGUAAUGAUGAUAGUUUCCAAUAACAGUUGUACAAAACAACCUGAUUGAUUUCUCAAUGAGGACAUUGAGGAAAGUGAGCUGAUUUAACUGUUUCAUUUUAAAUGUGAAUUUGAGCACAGGAUGCCAUGCAUUAAGAUCUUUCAGAAAUUUUUCUCUGCAGCUCUGGAUUUAGGGAUGGAAAACAUUGUCAUCAACAUGUUGGAAAUGUUCAAGGGAUAGGAGGCUCAUUGUCAUCCAAUUAAAGAUACAUUUCUCAUGGAACCCAAUGAAGAUGUUUGUGAGCAUUGGGUUUCAUAAAGAUUCCAUGGCAACACCAUUUAUGUGACCAUACACGGUGUCAUAGAAACUGAGCCCAGCUGCACAGGUUGAUGAGUUCAUAAUUUGUACAAAUAUUGAUUCAUGUAAUGGUGGCAAGUCUGGAUUGUCAUGAUACAGUGCUGUAGUGCAGAUGUCAAUAGCUUCUUUGAGUACAUAGAUACCGUAAUAGUAUUCACUUGCAAGUCCCGUAUGAUCUUUGUAAAUGUGAAAGAAUUUUUUUUUGUUGUUGUAGGCACGGGCAACUUGCUGUUUGUCUAAACAUGGUCCUGAUUCCUAUUUUUUUAAAAAGCACACUACUUAAUCCACUCAACAUGGCACAGAACCAGCACAAUGCUCCCAAUUCUUGAGGAAAAUGGAAUAACUCACAUAAUAUGUGUACGGCAGGAUAUUGAGGCAAACUUCAUCAAGGCAAAUUUCCAAGAGAAAUUUAGGUAUUUGGUUUUGGAUAUUGCUGAUAAUCCAGUGGAGAAUAUAAUACGAUAUUUCCCUGUGGUGCCACAGAAGAAUGUGAAAGCAUUGGAGAGAAUGCAGAAGAGGUUUGCAAGAAUUGUUCUGGGGACAAAAGAAUUCAUUGAUGGAUGCUUGGAAAAUGGAGGAAAGGUUCUUUUACAUGGAAAUGCAGGUAUUUCUCGAAGUGCAGCCUUGGUGAUAGCAUAUAUAAUGGAAACAUUUGGUGUUAAGUAUAGGGAUGCAUUUACAUAUGUUCAGGAAAGGAGAUUUUGUAUUAAUCCAAAUGCUGGAUUUGUCCAUCAGCUGCAGGAGUAUGAAGCCAUUUAUUUAGCAAAAUUGACAAUAAAGAUGAUGUCACCACUUCAACUGGGCAGAUCAGUUUCUGCACAAGUUGUUCUCAGGAUGUGGGCGACAUUGGAAAGGCCUCAUUUAUCACCCAUCCCUUGUUGCCCUGAGAAGGUGAUGGGCCUUCUCCUUUAACCGCUGCAGUCCUUCUGGUGAUGGUGUUCCCUCAAUGGUGUUAGGAACCUUAAAAAGAAUGCUGGAAGAUGAUGAUGAUAUUUCGAGUAUGCAGGUGGCUGCAGUCCAUGAUGGGUAACCCAUAACUACCCUAUUAAAUAUAAUGGACAUGAUUACUGUACUGUAUUAAACAGUGAAUAAAGGAUGAGAAGUGUUAUGGGAUGUUUAAGAUUAUGAAUACUAAAAACUUACAUGGCAAAAGUUACUUUCUUUCCAUUUCUGAAUUUGUCUUGCUACUUCGGAGGAAGUAUGCUAAAAUGGAGAACUUGCCCUUUCAUAUGAGAACAACCUGGAGCACUAGAAUCUCUUAUGAAAAUAUUAAAAUAACCAGGAACAGCACAACACAUUUUUGAUGGAUUUUCAAGUCUUCAUAUGCUAAUUAUUUUACAUUUUUACCAAUUGCAGUUUUGACAGUUAAUAAGUAUGCAUGUGCUAGGACAUGGAUGCACUUUUGAUACUUGAAUUUUGAUUGUAUGAGAGUUUGAUAGGGAAAUAAUGCACUGUGUGCUUGAUGUCAGACCCAUACAUGCAAUUUGUUACAAAGUGUUAAUCUUUGAGUGUAAUUUAUUAAAACUUU